AUGAAGGCUAACGUGUAUAGACUCAACUACGAAAAGAAGAACAAUGAUAUGGCUCUGAAAGAGAACAAUUCGAAUGAAGAGCCCACUACUGGUGCAGUGGCCAUACAAAUAGUACUCGCCAUGUCCACCUGUCUCCCUACUAUCGCAUAUCGCAUAUCGCAUAAUGAUGGAACGGCUGAUCAAACAGCCACCAACGCUAUGGCCUCAUAA